AAUGUAAAAAAAAGCAGUUGAAAUUUUCCAAUUUUGUAAUAAGAGGGGACAAAACGCGUUCCCUCCUUUUAAGUGAUCUCACUGAACCUACUGCGACUUUGGUGAUAGGUUGUUCAUUCUUCAUUCGAAAAAAGUAAGAUAAUUUGGACAGAAUGAGUUGGCUAUUUUCUCUAUUGGCUGUAUCUUUGCUGCUGGCAACAUCAAUGGCUGCAGAUUGGCAAGCUAAUCCAACUGAAUGUGGGAAGACUUACGGAGGAAUGAAUACUAUGAUCAUCGGGGGUGAACCGGCUGAGGAAUACGCCUGGCCAUGGCAACUAGCUUUGUUCAAGAAUGGUAAUUUCGUCUAUUGCGGUGCAUCCCUUAUUGACCCAUGGUGGGUCAUGACAGCGGCACAUUGCGUUGAUAGGUGCUACCUCUGUAACCCAUUGGAAGCUUACGAAUUCAGAGCAGGAUCAACCAGCAUUACUCAAGAUACUGACUUCACGCAGCAACUUCCGGUCUCGAAAAUCAUCGUUCAUCCCGAAUUCGACUUCGAGGCCUACUGGAAUGAGUAUUACUGUGACAACGAUAUUGCUCUUUUUAAGAUGAAAGAACCAUUCACGCUCAACGAAGAUUACCAAGUCAAUACAGUUUGUCUACCGACCAGUGAUAUGGAUGAUCAGUUUGUGGUCGGACAGGAUGCAUUCGUUACUGGAUGGGGGACCAUGAAACGGAAUGAAGAUUUAUACCCUGACGAGUUACAGGAAAUGACAGUUCCCAUCUUCAAUCAAUCAGAAUGCGAAGUUCUCCUCGGUGCCCGUGGUGGAAUAGUCACUGACAAUAUGAUAUGCGCAGGACUGAAAGAGGGCGGUGUCGAUGCGUCCAAUGGCGACAGUGGAGGUCCCAUGGUGUCGUAUCCUUCAAAUAAUACCGAACAAUAUUAUCAGAUAGGUGUUGUGAGCUGGGGCAUUGGGGGUGGCACUCCAAGUCCACCUGGGGUCUACACCAGGGUUACGCGUUAUGCUGACUGGAUUCAAUCGUUCUUAAAUGCCACAACUCAAGAAUCAUAUGUACCAUGCAUUUGUUACGAAGAAGAUGAAGAAGGAGGAGGAGAAGGAGAGGAAUUGUCGUCUUCAAUCACAGCGGUCAUUUCAGUAUUAUCAAUCCUGCUCGCUAUUUUCAUAGGCACUAGUGUUGGUCUAGGACUAUGUCUAUGGCGACAAGGCAAAAAGGCUUGAAUGCAUACUAAGCACAGCAUUUCAAUAACACAUUGAAACUUUUAUUAUAUAGAGAUAUAUAGAUAAUGUUAUAAUUUCAUUACAAAUUCUGAGACCCAAUUUAUGAAACCGAAACAGGCCUAUAUCUUUUGUGCACUAACUAGGGUAUUCAUGGAAAUUGUGAUGUUGCUAUUCCUCUGUAUGUAUUUUACAUUAAAUCUUGAAGAUUAUAUAUUUAAUAGUGAGAAGGGAAAGAUGAUGGGUGAAAUAAUGCACCCCAUGCACCCCCUGGGAAGUAGGAUGCACGGGGUGCUGAAGCACUACAGCUGCGUAUUCUAUACAGGUAGCACCUCUUGCAAAUCAGGUUUGUAUUCUCAAAUGUACAGUUUCAUCCAAAAUCACCAUAAUUUUGGAGCAAAAACUUGUUUUUGUGCUGACCGAAUCACCUUCAUUUUGGGAUUAAAACCCUUUUUUGAGUUGUCAUUUUUUCCCAAUACAGCACCCCAUCUCCGUUCCCAGACUUUUGAUCUUUAUUCAAGAUGUUUCUUUUUCGAAAAAAAAAUAAAAUGCUUGUAUCGU